GCUCUGCUGCGAGUCCGAAAUAUUUUCUCUGGCGUUUGUUUGAUACGACGCUUCUCGGGGGGAUCCGCUCGUUUAGACAGCGGAAACUAGCCGCUUUCCGGGGCGUUUCGGGGCCGCGAGGAGCGGAGAGGCUGCAAAUUGACCCCGGAAGGACUCGGGGCAGAGGCGCCCCCGCCCUUCGGCUGUGUGCUGAGUGUACGUUGGCUGCCUCAGCUACGGGUCCCGGGCAGGACCAGCGGUAGGGUCGCUCGCUCGGCUGGUCUCAGCGAUGGCUCCGAAAGGCGGUAGCGGGGCCCGGCAGCAGUCGGAGGAGGACCUGCUCCUGCAGGACUUCAGCCGCAACCUCUCGGCCAAGUCCUCGGCGCUCUUCUUCGGCAACGCCUUCAUCGUGUCCGCCAUCCCCAUCUGGCUGUACUGGCGGAUAUGGCACAUGGAUCUUGUUCAGUCUGCAGUCCUGUACAGUGUAAUGACCCUUGUCAGUACAUAUCUGGUAGCCUUUGCGUACAAGAACGUCAAGUUUGUUCUCAAACACAAAGUAGCCCAAAAGAGAGAAGAUGCUGUUUCCAAAGAAGUUACUCGCAAACUUUCUGAGGCAGACAAUAGGAAGAUGUCUCGCAAAGAGAAGGAUGAGAGAAUUCUGUGGAAGAAAAACGAAGUUGCAGAUUACGAAGCAACGACAUUUUCUAUCUUCUACAACAACACCCUCUUUCUCGUCUUGGUCAUCAUUGCUUCAUUUUUUCUAUUGAAGAAUUUCAACCCCACUGUAAACUACAUUCUGUCUAUAAGCGCUUCAUCCGGACUGAUCGCCCUGCUGUCUACAGGCUCCAAAUAGACAAAACAGUCUGUUCAUAUUUGUGGGUGGAUCCAAUUUCAUUCAAGACUUAAGUGUGGGAGGUAUAAACAGUCUGAAAACUUGAGCUUUUUUACAACAAUAAAUGUAAAGCAAACUUUGAAUUUAGCUUUGGUUACUUGAUAAGAGAGUGUUGAAAUAAAAUUGAAUGAAUCAAACUUAAGUGGCAGAAGGAAGGAAAUAUACCAUAUCAAAAGCUGUAAUAAGCUUAACUCCUUGGAAGUACUUUGUAAUCAUAAUUAGGAUGAUUUGUCAAAUGUUUCCGUUGGCGUUUCCAUAAACUGAAUUAGGCUACCACUCCAAAGCACAGAAAAUAACCAUGCUCUGAACUCUAUGGCAGACUUGCAAAUAUGAUGUUUUUUUUGAUAUGUAUAAAAGAGCUUAACCCAUUAGUUACAAAAAGUGACAAUCCAUCUCUUAAUACUUAUAAUUUGAAAUGUUUUAAUAAAAAGUUCAAGAAUA